AUGAAGACCCUCAAGUCCCGCUUGAGGAGGCAGGACACGCCCGGCCCCUCGUCGUCCGGCGCCUCUGCCGCCUCAGCCACCUCAGCCGCCGCCUUCAGCGCGCAUGUACCAGAUUGGAACAAAUACGAUGACCGGUUGAUGAAGGCAGCAGAAAGGGGAGAUGUAGAAAAAGUGUCCUCAAUCCUUGCUAAAAAGGGGGUCAAUCCAGCCAAGCUCGAUGUGGAAGGCAGAUCUGCCUUCCAUGUUGUGGCCUCAAAGGGGAACCUUGAAUGUUUGAAUGCCAUUCUUAUACAUGGAGUUGACAUUACAACUAGUGACUCUGCAGGAAGAAGUGCUCUUCAUAUGGCUGCAAAGUAUGGACAUGCAUUGUGUCUGCAAAAAACCUUCUACAGGUUUCAAAAUGAUCACACUUGUCUUUCUGAAUCUGUUGUUCAAGUUUUAAUUCUUGCUGAAACAUCCUAUGAGCAUGUUGACCUGCAGGGACGGACUGCGCUUCAUGAUGCAGCUAUGGCAGACUGUCCUUCGAGCAUACAGCUCCUUUGUGACCACGGAGCCUCAGUGAACGUGAAAGAUGCAGAUGGGCGGACACCACUUGUUCUAGCCACUCAGAUGUGUAGGCCAACAAUAUGUCAACUGCUGAUAGAUAGAGGGGCGGAUAUUAACUCCAGAGACAAACAAAGCAGAACUGCUCUCAUGCUGGGCUGUGAGUAUGGUUGCAGAGAUGCUGUAGAAGUCUUAAUUAAAAAUGGUGCUGAUGUUAGUUUGCUGGACACCCUGGGCAAGGAUAGUUCUUACUAUGCAAGAAUUGGUGACAAUCUGGACAUUCUUGCCCUAUUAAAAACUGCCUCGGAAAAUACGUAUAAAGGGAGAGAACUUUGGAAGAAAGGACCAUCUUUACAACAGCGAAAUUUGACACACUUUGUAGAUGAAGUAAAUAUGAAGUCAAACCAGAGGGAUCAUCAAAACAUUCAGGACCUGGAGAUUGAAAACGAAGAUUUGAAAGACAGGUUGAGAAAAAUUCAACAAGAACAGAGAAUAUUAUUAGAUAAGGUCAAUGGUUUACAACUACAGCUUAAUGAGGAAAUUAUGGUUGCUGAUGAUCUACAGAGGGAGAAAGAAAAGCUGAAGUCCCUAUUGGCAACUAAAGAAAAACAGCAGGAAGAAAGCUUAAGAACGAUUGAAGCUCUGAAAAAUAGAUUUAAAUGUUUUGAGGGUGAUCAUUUGGGAUCGGGAAUCCAUUUCAGUAACCGUAAAGAAGAUAUGCUUCUUAAACAAGGUCAAAUGUUCUCCACAGAUUCACAAUGUGCUUCCAAAGGUAUACCAGCCCAUAUGCAAAGCAGGUCUAUGUUAAGACCACUGGAGCUCUCCUUACCCAAUCAAACUUCAUAUUCUGAAAAUGAAAUUUUAAAGAAGGAGUUAGAAGCAAUGAGAAAUUUCUGUGAAUCAGCAAAACAGGAUCGACUCCAGCUCCAAAACGAACUUGCUCACAAGGUGGCCGAGUGCAAAGCUUUAGCAUUAGAAUGUGAAAGAGUCAAGGAGGAUUCAGAUGAGCAGAUAAAGCAGCUGGAAGAUGCUUUAAAAGAUGUGCAGAAGAGAAUGUAUGAAUCUGAAGGUAAAGUUAAACAAAUGCAGACACAUUUUCUCGCCCUGAAAGAGCAUCUCACAAGUGAGGCAGCCACUGGGAAUCACAGACUCAUAGAGGACCUAAAAGAUCAGUUGAGAGACAUGAAAGCAAAAUAUGAAGGUGCUUCAGCAGAAGUGGGAAAAUUAAGAAACCAGAUCAAACAAAAUGAGUUGUUAUUAGGAGAAUUUAAGAGGGAUGAAGGCAAGCUGAAAGAAGAAAAUAAGCAAUUGCAGAAGGAAGCUAGUAUGUGUGAGGUGGAACGAGAGAAGAAAGGGCGGAAGGUAAUAGAAAUGGAAAGCCAGUUAAAAGACUUGUCAGCAAAGCUGUCACUUUCCAUUCCAGCGGAGAAAUUUGAAAACAUGAAGAGCUUAUUGUCUAAUGAAAUCAAUGAGAAAGCAAGAAAAAUAGCUGAGAUGGAAAAGGAAUAUGAAAAAUCACAUUGUGAAAUUAGACAGUUAAAGAGAGAACUUGAGAAUUUCAAGGCCAAACUUGCUCAGCAUAUUAAACCAGAAGACCAUGAGCAGCUCAAGAACACAGCAGAGAAAAAGUCUGAGGAGCUUGGGAAGAAGAUCAGUGAAUUAACUUUGAAAAAUCAGACAUUACAAAAGGACAUGGAAAAGUUUUGUCUGGACAAUAAGCUUCUCAAUCAGCAAGUACAUAACUUAAAGAUUGAAAUGAAAAAUCACUAUGUUCCUUUAAAAGUAAGUGAAGAAAUGAAAAGGUCCCAUGGUGCAGUUGUUGGUGAUUUGAAUAAAAAGCUUUUAGAUAUGACACAAAAAUAUACAGAAAAGAGGUUGGAAAUGGAGAAAUUGCUGAUGGAAAAGGACAAUUUAUCUAAGAAUGUCAGCCAUAUAGAAACUAUGUUCAUACCUCCAGAAAAACAUGAAAAAGAGAUAAAUGCUCUGAAAUCCAAUGUUGGAGAGCUUAAAAAACAAUUAUUUGAACUUAAUAAAAAAAAUGAUGAAGACCAAGAGACAAUAUCUUCACUUAGGUCUGAAAACAUUAACUUGAAAGCGACUAUGAAUAAUCAGUAUGUACCAGCCAAAAUCCAUGAAGAGGUUAAAAGUGCACUGAGUAACACAUUAGAUAAGUCUAAUAGAGAAUUAUUGGAUGUGAAGAAAAAAUGUGAAGACAUGAAUCAACAGUUCAUAAGCAUAAAAGCUAAGAACGAAAUACUAAAAAGAAACCUAGAGAACACAGAGAACCAAAUAAAAGCUGAGUAUAUCAGCCGGAAAGAACAUGACGAGAAGAUGAGUGCUAUAAAUCAGAGCAUGAAAAAGGUGGAGGAUAAAAAUGAAGAAAUUUUGGCUGAUUACCAAAAAGGCCAAGAAGAAAUUGUGACGCUGCAGGCUGAGAUGGAAGCCCAGAAGAAGGAACUUGACACAAUACAAGAAUGCAUUAAGUUAAAAUACGCGCCAAUCAUCAGCUUUGAAGAGUGUGAAAGAAAAUUCAAAGCCACAGAGAAAGAACUUAAAGAGCAGUUAUCAGAGCAGACACGCAAAUAUAAUGUCAGGGAAGAAGAGGCAAAGAAAUGCAAGCAAGAGAAUGACACUUUAAAGGAGGAGAUUGUCAUUCUUCAGAAGGAUCUAAAGGAUAAGAAUCUUCUCAUUGAGAAUUCUCAUGAAAUAGAAAGAGCAUUAAGCAGGAAAACAGAAGAGCUCAACAAUAAGUUAAAAGACCUGUCACAGAAAUACACAGAAGUAAAGGAGGAGAAAGAGAAGCUAGCACAAGAAAAUGCCAAACAGGUUUCUGAGCUUCUGGCAGCACAGACUCUUGUGCAGAAACAGCAAGCAACAUUGGAACAGGUUGAAACCUUAAAAACGUCUCUGAACGGUACAAUUGAGAAUCUAAGGGAAGAACUCAAGACUAAGCAAAGGUGUUAUGAGAAGGAGCAGCAGACAGUGACCAAAUUGCAGCAGAUGUUAGAAAAUCAAAAGAACUCUUCUGUGCCCCUGGUAGAGCAUUUGCAGAUUAAGGAAGCCUUGGAGAGAGAAGUUGGACUCAUAAAAGCUAGUUUGAGAAAAAAGGAAGAAGAAAGCCAAAACAAAACCGAUGAAGUCUCCAAACUUCAGUCUGAGGUUCAAAAUACCAAACAAGCCUUAAAAAAAUUAGAGACCAGGGAGGUCAUUGAUUUGUCCAAGUACAAAGCAACAAAAAGUGAUUUGGAGAUACAGGUUUCCAAUCUAACCGAGAAGUUGGCCAAUCUGAAUAGAAAAUAUGAAGAAGUGUGUGAGGAAGUUUUGCAGGCCCAAAAGAAGAAACUCUCUGCAAAAGAUGAGAAAGAAUUGCUUCAUUUCAGCAUUGAGCAAGAAAUCAAAGAUCGGCAGGAACGGUGUGACAAGUCCUUAACAACCAUUACAGAGUUACAGAGAAGAAUACAAGAGUCUACUAAACAAAUUGAAGCAAAAGAUAAUAAGAUAACUGAGUUGCUUAACGAUGUGGAAAGGCUAAAGCAGGCCCUCAAUGGCCUUUCGCAACUUACCUAUGCGAGUGGGAGCCCCAGCAAGAGACAGAGCCAACUGGUGGACAGCCUGCAACUCCAAGUGAAGACCCUGCAGCAGCAGCUGGCUGAUGCUGACAGACAGCACCAAGAAGUCAUUGCAAUUUAUCGGACACAUCUCCUUAGUGCUGCACAGGGUCAUAUGGAUGAAGAUGUGCAGGCAGCCUUACUUCAGAUUAUACAAAUGCGGCAGGGACUGGUGUGCUAGCAUUGGUGCUAACCAGCCAACUCCUGCCUUUCCUGCUGGUGCUGAGCUUUUUGUGCCACAAUAGAGCCUUACUGUAAUCGUGUCAUGAAAAUAAAGUAUACUUCGUUUCAUCA